GAAUUUACAGUGUAGGAGAGACCCUGAGUAAAACUACAGGGAGCAAAGUUUCUUGAUUUUUCUCCAUAAGUAUCAUACCUCUCACAUCUUACGUCUCACAUCUGCAUCCACCGCUCCAUACUCUCCACUCCUCGUGCGACAAUUUUAAGCGCCACAAUGGUUGGCGUAGUUGGUUCUUCGAUUCCGGAGGACACAGAACAUGCGGUGAGCGUUUCACUACCAACAUGGAAAUCCAUCGUCGGAUACGAAGAAGGAGCAGAAUGGGUAAUCAGCAAGAUGAAAACCGGCUAUCCACGCUUCUUCAUUCACAAGUCCAUACAAAAGCUCGCGAGCACAAUACUCUCCAGCUUCGGCCAACCCGGGGAGGAAGCAAUGCUCUUCCCGACUCCCAGUGUCGCUGCGAGAUGUCGCCAGUUCAUCAAGGCCACCUCUCGGACUACCCCUGUGCCGAGUACCAGGGUUGUCGAGUUCGUUAGCAAAAUCGGGAAGAGAAACGGUGGGGACGGGAGACUGAUCCGGUCCGACCUUUGUGCGGUCAUGUACCCUGCUAGCGAAGCUAAGGUCGCGAAGCAGUUUUGGCAGCAUACGGGAGACGGGGUGUCUUCUCGUAGGGCAGAGUUCUGCCAGAGGGAGUUCGACGAAGGCUUGCUGGUUGAGAAGAGCACUAUCUCUACCGAGAGCCAUCCACGCAUGAGUAAGGGACCGAAGAGGUAUUCCCAUAGGGGUAUGCAGUUUAAGCCGUCUGCUAAGGAAGAGGAGGGGCUGAAUAUGUUUGUCGAAGAGAGGUUUGGUAGGAACUUGGAUCUGGAGUUUGUGGAUAGUGCCAAGCUCGCUAUUCGAAGAAGGAUUGCGCAGUCUCUCGAAAUUAACAUGGGGCUUAGGGAUGCUUUAGGAUCGUCGAAGGAUGAUGGAGGAAUGAUAGAGGGGUUUGCUGAGAAUGCUGUUUACUUACAUCCUACUGGGAUGAGUGCAAUCUUCAAUACCCAUAGAUUGUUAAUGGCUAUUUUGGGACCCAAUAAGAGUGUUUGCUAUGGAUUUCCGUAUAUCGAUACCCUCAAGAUCCUGGAGAAGUUCGGCCCUGGAUGCCACUUCUACGGUCACGGUUCAUCAGAAGAGCUUGGUGAUCUGGAACAGAAGCUCGAAUCUGGGGAACGAAUCCUGGCAUUGUUUUGCGAAUUCCCUUCGAAUCCUCUACUCAAGGCACCCGACUUACAGCGUAUCAAGGCACUCGCGGAUAAAUACGAUUUUGCUAUCGUUAUCGAUGAGACUGUUGGAAACUUUCUCAAUGUUCAUGUCUUGCCAUACGCCGAUGUUGUUGUUAGUAGUCUCACCAAGAUUUUUAGUGGUGAUAGCAAUGUCAUGGGCGGAAGCUCGGUAUUAAACCCUAAAGGCCGCUAUUACAAGAGGUUGAGGGAAGCCCUAACUACAGACUAUGAAGAUAAUCAUUGGUGUGAAGAUGCCCUCUUCCUUGAGCGUAACAGCAGAGACUUUGUCUCCCGUAUUGAGCGAAUCAACAGAAAUGCCGAAGCCGUUGCUGACCUCCUCAAGUCCCAUCCAAGAAUAAAGCAAGUUUAUUAUCCAAAAUACUCUCCGACAAAGCCCUUUUAUGAUAACUGCCGCUGCCCUGGCGCAGGGUACGGCGGUCUUUUGAGCGUUACGUUUUAUACCGCCCAGGAUGCAAUUGAAUCUUUUGAUGCCCUUGAGAUUUGCAAGGGGCCUAGCCUUGGAACUAAUUUUACCCUUGCGUCCCCCUACACGUUGUUGGCGCAUUACGGCGAGCUAGAUUGGGCGGCUGGAUAUGGCGUAGAAGACAACCUGGUGAGGGUAAGCGUUGGACUCGAAGAGACUGGGGAAUUGUUAGAAAAGUUCAGGAGGGCACUCGAAGCACUACCAUCUGGUGAAUGAUGGUCAAGAAUAGGGCUGCGCGGAGGUAUUUAACUGAGGAUAGGGACGCGGGUUGCGGGUGCAAUUUUUAGCAAGAAUUUCGAGUGAUGUUCUAUGAUGUAUUGAGGGGCGCCAAGAGAUCAUGGGAGGAGGGCUGUGGAUAUUUCUCUAUUUCUUUCUUUUAAGGAUAGAUUUACCUUUUAGGUGUUAUGACAGAUGUAUCUUUCCGACAGAAUACUAUGGAUAUCAAUA